GUCAAAUAACAAAGCAUAUUUCCCAACGUUUCAUUUGCGGGUUUGCAAUUGCAGCUGCAGAGUCGUCUUCAUAAAGCUCACAUCUCUCUCUGACUCGAACUCUCGGUGACCGUUAUUCAAUUCAGCUAGUUACUUCUUCUCGUUUGCCAAUAUGCAGGCCAGUGAUAGGUUCAACAUCAAUUCCCAGCUUGAACAUCUUCAAGCUAAAUAUGUUGGGACCGGACAUGCCGAUAUGAAUAGAUAUGAAUGGGCCGUGAAUAUCCAACGCGAUAGCUACGCAUCCUAUGUUGGCCAUUAUCCACUUCUUGCUUACUUUGCUCUUGCGGAGAAUGAGUCCAUUGGAAGAGAACGCUACAACUUUAUGCAGAAAAUGCUUUUGCCAUGCGGUCCUCCCCCGGAAAGAGAAGACGAUUGAUUACCUCUAUAUUGUCCUAAGAACUUACCUCUUUAUGAUGUACACCCAUCACAGCGCCUCAUUCCCAAUAAAACACUGACAUGUGUAAGGUUUUUACUCAUGGCAUAGUAUUAUUGGAUUGGAACGCCACGUGACAGUAAACUUUUUCCAUGUACGUUGCCCUCCUAUCUAUCCCGUUUGCUGAAAAAAGUGAUCAUAUGUGACUUUGAUUACGUGUACUUGAUCGUUCUUUUCAAUUCAUGAAUCUAAUGCCUUCUUGUGGCCCUUAUCCGUA